UUUUUUAUUAGAAAAAAUAAAGAACAGUUUGCAUUUUCUCCAUUUUAUAGUUUUCUUUUGUCUUUCAACCAAAUUCGGCAGAUAAUAAUAAUACCCUAACGCGUUGUUCCGUAAUUAAUGAUCUCUCCCAUUUUAUCACACUCUCCUUGGUUCAUUACAUAAAAGUUUGGUUCUUUUUCUCCAAAACUAGUUUUUGUUUAAAUAUAUAUUUUUUUAAAUCGAUUACUGGAAGGGGAAAAAGAAAGUAAAGAGUUUACAGAGAUGGGGAGACUGUUCUUGGUGAAUUUGGAAGGGAAGUCUUACAGUUGUAGGCACUGCAAAACUAAUAUUGCCCUCUGCUCUGAUGUUGUCUCCAAGUCUUUUCAAUCCCGCCAUGGAAAAGCUUACCUCUUCCGUAAGGUAGCGAAUGUGUAUGCUGGGGAGAAGGAAGAUAGGAUGAUGAUGACUGGAAUGCACACCGUGGUCGAUAUCUACUGCGUCAAAUGCGGCUCAUAUCUUGGAUGGCGAUAUGAGUUUGCUUUUGAGAAGAACCAAAAGUACAAGGAAGGCAAAUCUGUUCUCGAAAGGUACAAGGUCUGUGGUCCGGAUGAGAACAACUACUUGGUGGUGGCUCAAGAAGUUGAAGCUGGAGAAACUGAUAUUGAUGAAUGAUGAUGCUUCUUCUCAGUAACUCAUUAUCUCAUUUGUACAUUCUAUCCUCCUCUUUCUAUCAUUCUUUUUCAUUGUCUUUCUUCUCAUUUUGUGAACCAUCCAUCUUCCGUUAAGACACCUUCUUAGAUCAAUUAUUUGUGUUUCAACUACUUGUGGAACACAUUCAAUUUAAGAUCUCUCGUUAAUUAUCUUAUUUGUGA